UAUCGCGGCAGCAGGACGGCGUCAGUAACCGUCUUACCACCAGACCGGCGGCGUCGUUCACCGUACGUUUUGUUCAACGUACCGCGGUUGUAGUUGUCACUGCAAACACAUUUCCGUAUUGUUUUCUUUUUCUUUUUUUUUUUGUUGCAUUUUUUUCUUUCUUUUUUCGCAUUUGUUUUUCCGUCGUCGUCGUCAUAAUCCAUUAACCAGUUUUAAUUGCCGUCAAACGAAAACACUCGAUCGUAGGAGAUCGGGAAGAACAAAAAAAAAAAAAACCGAAUUGAUACAUCAUUUGUGAAACCGAGGACAGCGUAUUUUUUUUUCAACGACAGACCAUAAUAUACAAUAUGACGCAUUGUAGUAGUGAACUGUGAUAAGAUUUUUUUUCUCAUCUUUCGCGAUCGACUACAUCCACAAGAGAGCCGAUAUCUGUACACCAAUUGUGCAUCACACGCGAACUACUUGAUACCUACACAUACUGAAGUAGUGGCAGUUGGGCGCUGAAUUUUGCGGCAUUUACCCAUGUAUUCAAAAUGAACAAACCGACGUCUGUCACGUACAACAUAUUCAUUAAUUAAUUCAGGAUUACCUUUAAAUCAAAAUGCACAAAAAACAUAUCGAAAAUCUGGGUUAUUUUAGGUUACUAUGCCUUUUGGUAUGUCUUUGCAUAAGCAAAUCACAGGCUCAAUGUCCGUGGCAAGCCGAUCAAUCAGCCACAGAAUUACAUUCAUCUUGUAUAUGUUCAGUAAAUAUGGCUCAAGAAUUAUCAGUGCAGUGUGAUCUUGUAAAUUACGAAUCAUUAUUACAAACGCUUGAAAAAUAUUCACAAGAAACCUUAGAUUUACUUUAUAUAAAUAAUAGCUCAAUAAAAACUAUUAAUGAUUCUAAUUUUGCCAAUCUUAAAAUACACAAUUUGCAAUUAUCUGGAUGUCAAAUACAAUCUAUUUCACAGCGAGCGUUUAAAGGACUAGAACCGUAUUUAAGACAUUUAAGUUUACAAGACAAUAAAAUUGACCAAGUGCCAAUAAGUAGUUUAGAAGGGCUGAUCAACUUGACAUUGUUGGAUCUUUCUAGAAAUCGAAUUUCUAGAGUUUCAGAUGAUGCGUUCGCCUCUUUAAAAAAUUUACAAACGAUUAAAUUGGCAGAUAAUAAUCUCACGUUAUCUAAAAAUGCAUUUAGAGGUCUCGAAAAUAGUUUGAAGAACUUAAAUCUAAAAGGAACAAAUCAGAAAUCAUUACCGGAGUGUAUACGAAAUUUAAAAAAUUUAGCAUUUUUAGAUUUAGCUCAAAAUAUUUUAAGUGAGUUACCGGGAUCUGCUGGACAUGUAUUUCAAGGAUUAGGAGCAUUGACAGCUCUAAACUUGGAAAGAAACGUCAUUCAGUCACUCGGAGAAUCAACAUUUGAUGGUGUCAAAGAUACUCUUAGUUCACUUAGUUUGCUUAAUAAUUUACUCACCGAUUAUCCAACUACAGCCAUUAGCAAAUUACCAGAACUUAGAGUGUUAGAUCUUGGUUUUAACCUUAUCACCGAAAUACCCAAUGACGCGUUCCUAGAAAAUCCUUCUUUAACCUUAUUAGCGUUAGAUGGAAACCCUAUCGAAACUAUUCCCAAAAAGGCAUUUUCACACCUAAAUACUACAUUACGCGGACUUAGUUUGGGAGGGCGCUACUUACAAUGCGAUUGUCGGAUUCGAUGGGUCAUAGAAUGGAUAAAAAAUGGAGAUUUACAAGUGACCAGUAGAGAAAGAAAUCCACAGUUUUGUGCUACUCCGGCGUAUCUUAAAAAUAAACAUUUCUACAAAAUUGAUCCUUCGGAAAUGGUGUGUGAUAAUGAUCAAAGUCCAUCAGAUGCGUCGACAAUAUUAGAAACUAAUCCAGACGAAGAAAACGUUGAAUCUCAACGUCCACUUGGGACAGGCGUAGGAUAUGUUAGUCCGACAAAUAUUUCACCUGAAAUCCCUGUUUCGAAAAAUAAGUUAAAGAAAAAUCCUCCAAUCUCAGAAGUUGAAGUGGUAAAAUCUACAAAUCCCUCAGAAUUGUUAGCGAGUAUGGAUACUACUAGAACUAUUUCUUCGACUACAGAGAGUACAACAAUUGCGAUCGACAUGACUACUAAGUAUUCUAUACAAAAUUCUACAAAUGCGAAACCGACGAAUUCAAGCCGUAAAACAAACAUGGUAAUAACGCGACCGCAAGCGGCGCAGACGUCACAGAAACCACCGUUGAUAAUGGGCAGUUACCCGAAAAAACAAGCCCAAGAAGUCAUUAUUAGAAGUGUCCAUCGACAAGAUAACUCCGUGAUAAUUCAAUGGGAUUCCGAAACGGCCAACAUCCUAGGGUUCCGAGUGGUGUAUCGGCUUUUUGGCGAUCGCACGUUCAAGCAAGGCCCACCAUUGGAGACCAGCGAACGCGAGUUCAAAAUCAAAAACGUACCGUACCAGGAAUGCAUCAUCGUGUGCGUAAUAUCCCUGGAGGAGAUUAAUGUGACGCCGGAUACGGUGCCUUACAGCCAGUGUCGCGAAAUCCGCACGGCAGUAACGGCGACCAGCAACAUGGACCGGAUCACGAUCGCGGCCAGCGCGGCCAUAUGCGGCACGGUGCUAAUUGCCGUCGUCGUGUUCAUAGCGGCCAGCAAGCGCCGCGCCAAAAAGCUCCAGGCGCUGCACAACUCGGUCGCGCCUUGUCACCCGACCAAGUCCGGCGUACCCGUCGGCACGUUACCGAUGAACUGCUAUGCCACCGGACCGAACACUAGCCAGAUGCCCUCGCUGGCGGCCCUGAACGCGUUUAACGGCCACAAGGACUGGGACCAAGGGUCAGUGUACAGCAACCGGAGUCUGAACCCGGCCCGGAUGUACCGUGUGGCCGACACCAGACAGGGUUGCAAUGAAGAUUUACACUCCAACAUUUCAAACUUUAGUUCAAAACCACCGAAAAUGCGGUCGGUCGCCGACGGUCAGUCACAGAACAGUUUUUCGAACAACUCCAUGAGAUACUUGGGCGGUAAUAAUGCGUACGCGUCGGAUCUCGUCAACUCAAGACCGGAGUUAAGGCAAUCGCGGCAGUCGUUAGCAGUGUCCGAGCGAAUGUCGCACAUCAGUUAUCCGGGCAGUGCCCGCACGAACACUUCGCGAAACAAGCCUAGGCAACGAUCGAGGACUCGGGAGGGCACGCAAAAUAGACCACCCAGCCGAUACAGCCACAGUGGAUCCCAUCACAACCUCAACAAUUACUGCGGCGACACGUCGGACAAUUGGACCGAUCACGACAUGGACAUAUACAUGACUAGGAACCCGACUGCUAGAAACGGUCUUGUGCCACUGUAAUAAGUAUUAUAAUAUUAUGACGUAUGAUAAUAAGUGAAAAAAAAAACGAAUAAAAAAACAACACUGAGCUCAAUUGAAAUUUAUUUAUUUUUAACGUGAUAAUUGUUUAUAUAACAAUAAUUAUCAUGAUUACACUUUCAUUUGUUUAAUUAGAAGUAAAAGCGUCUAUUGUAAUCAUUGACCAUGGUUAAUGUUUCGAUUUGGAGUCGUCCAUACUUUAUACGUACGUUAAUGUUUGUUCCACGAGUUUGAUUUUUCAUUACACGUUAAUUAUAAUAUUUAAUUUUUAAGUACAAAUAAUAUAAUCUAAUUUUUAA